AGAUGAUCCUGUUUCAUUCUCCAUUCACUGUUCACUGUGGUAUUUUGUUGAAUAUUGCCAUUUCUGUUGUUUUAUUCUAUCCAGUUCGCGGAACAUCUACGUCUAUCCUGAUGAUGAAGAAUGCGAAGAAAGUGAAACGCCCUUUGCGUAACAAAAACAAGAGCGACAGCCUUGAAAAGAAAGACGAAAGUGACACUGACAUUCAAACCGAGGAAGAAACAAGCAAAGAAAAGGAAACAGAGAUGGCAUCAAAGAAAAUCAACGCUGACGCUCUUGCCUCCGACUUCAAGCUGCAAUCUGAAGUUUACCUGAACCGUUUGGAAGAAGUCCAUGAGCAAAGCGUGCAGGACCUGCGCACGAAGUAUAAGAAAAUAUUUUUGACGGUUGAAAAAGACAUUCUUGAUCUAACUUUGAACCAGUUUCACAGGCUGCAGCAAAGUUUUCUUCAAGAGCUCAAUGCUAUCAACGUGCAAGAAGAUGAUGAAGAACUUCCAGGGGAAGCACAACAAAGACAAAUCACACAAUCUCCUAAUGUCACAAGUUCAAAGAGAACUGGAAGCUCUAGAGAAAGACUGGGGGCUUCACUUGAGGCAGAUAAAGCUCCACCAGUUGUUGUGGUCCAACCUGAGGCUGAGAGCGAUGAGAGCGAGGAUGAUUUUGACGACGCUCAGUCAAACGGAGACCUUCAGCCGAUGAAUACUGAUCAGCCGAAGCUAUCAGCACUUGUCCCUUUCACACCUCCAAGCAAUGGAAGUGCCAGUCUGCUAAAUCAUGGAACCAAUCACCAGGGAAGUAUUUUUACUGGGAUGCCGCUGCUGAACUUGUUCAUUCCUGUGUCAAAUGGAAUGGCUGUGACUGUCCUGCCUCAACCAGUGACAAACUUUGGUCCACUUCCUGAAAUCUCACCCAGCAUUAUGCGAGGCCUUAAAAUCAUUCAAAGUAACAUUUCUGUCCUCACCAAGGCCUGGGAGAAACAACAGAAGCGCUCUUUGGGCAGGAAGUCCAUUAUAUCUGGAUCUUCAAGAAAAUGAACAAAAUUAGUUUUAAGGGUUUUAAGAGGUGGUGUUAUAAACUGAUUUCUUCAUAAUAGGACAUGAACACUCACCAGCUGAAAGGAAGGUUUUUGGUUUUGCUGGCUGCCAACUGUUGCUUUAAAAAGACUAGAAUGAGUUUUACAUUAAAACAGCCAGAAUUUAAUGAAGGAGUAUAUUCAAAUAUGACUCUGAAGACCCUUUGUCCUUCCGAUAUUUUUACAUUUCAAAUUUCACAUUUAAUAGUGCCUUACAUUCAUAAUUAGGUUCCAAAGUGAGGAAUUUGUACUGAUUUACUUCAUUUCCUCUUUUAAAAGUAGGGUGUUUGUGUCCUUUAAAUUUUUCUAAAAGGAGAGCUAUAAUAUAGUUUUCUAUUGCACAAAACAAUUUUAGAAACUUCAUAACCAAAUUUAACUUGGCAAUUUAUAGAAACUGAACUAUUGCAAAAUGCUGAUGUCCUUAAUUUGAAUUUAACUGUCGUUAACUCCAGAUGUGUGACCUAUUUUAACAAUUAAGUUUUAAAGUUAACUGGUUUGGAUCAUCAAAAGAUUCAGUUCAAAAAUAGUGCAUCUUGACUAUCUAAAAUUCGGUAGAAAGUUGUAAAUAUGUCGCUUCUAAACAUUAAAGGUUUAAUCACACUAAA